GCACAUUCGAAUCGAACGUUAGCAGCGCUUGCUGGCCACGAUCGCCGAUCACGAAGCAGGCAACGGCAACAACGACGACAACGACGACGACGAAAGCACUUUGAUUGCAAUUUUCAUUCAUAUCCAUUCAUGCGAAUACAUAUAUCGCGACGGUUUCUUGGUGCUGCUCUGUCUGCCUCGGCCGUGUCGAUUUAUAUUUUACUUCACUUCACUUUUUUGUUUUUGGUUUUGGAUUUUUGAAAGCUCCGGCGGCACUUUCUUUCUUCAUUUCUCGCGCUCUCGAUCCUUUGACGUGUGCAGCUUUCAUUUUCGAUCAACGAUACGCGUCGCGCUGCGAACCGGUUCGGAAUUAAGCGGUUACGUUACGUUACUUAAUCCAGCUUUCAUGUAAUCGACCAUCCUGUCAGACGAUGAGAUCGCUGCGCCCCGGCCUGGAUUUCGUCAUGGUGGCCUUACUGCUGCGCCAAGUGCUGGCCACCAUACGCCACUCACGCGAAAUUAUCAUAACAGACGCGGUGCGUCGCAUUCAGCACGAUGGCUACAAUGUGGAGCAGCACACGGUGAUAACCAAGGAUGGAUAUGUGCUGACCCUGCAUCGCAUACCGCAGGUGCAGCUGGAUGCGAAUGGAACGCUCUACACGGUGCUGCGACGACCGGUUGUAUUCCUGCUUUCCGGCCUGUAUGCCUCGUCGGAUGUCUGGCUGCUCAAUGGUCGGGAGGAUUCGUUGGCGUAUCUGCUGUGGCGCGCCGGCUAUGAUGUGUGGCUGGGCAACAAUCGCGGCAAUAUCUAUUGCCGCCACAAUCUCUGGCUAAAUACAACGGAGCGCGAGUUCUGGAACUUUAGCUGGCAUGAGAUGAGCGUUUACGAUAUGCCCGCCCAAAUCGAUCAUAUAUUGCGCACCUGCGGUGUUGCCCGCAUGCAUUUUGUGGGCAUCUCACAGGGCGGCACCGUUUUCCUUGUGCUCAACUCAAUGCUGCCCCAGUAUAAUGCGGUCUUCAAGACGGCCACCCUGCUGGCACCGGUUGCCUACGUGAGCAAUACGCAAAGUGGAUUGGCCAAAAUUAUCGGACCGAUUUUGGGCACACGCAAUUAUGUGUCAAAGAUGCUCGAGGGCAUUGAGAUGUUCUCGACGAACAAGUUCUUCAAGAAGUUCCUGUCGAUGACCUGCCUGGACAAUGAGAAACCAUUAGUGUGCAUCACCCGCCUUUGGCCAGCGGUUGGCUACGAUACGCGCUUUCUAAACAAGACCCUGCUGCCGGAUCUGAUGGCCAACUUUCCGACGGGCGGAUCUGUCAAGCAGCUGAUGCACUACUUCCAGGGCUAUGUAUCCACCAAAUUUAGGCAGUACGAUUACGGCCCGGAGCGCAAUUGGCUGCACUAUCAGCAGCUGGAGCCGCCGGAGUAUGCGCUGGAAAAUGUGAGCACACCGGUAACCAUUUUCUUUGCGGAAAACGAUUAUAUUGUGGCGCCGGCGGACAUUUGGCGUCUGGUGACGCGUCUGCCCAACGUUGAAGCCGUCUACAAGGUGCCGUGGAAGCGCUGGAAUCACUUUGACUUCAUCUGUGGACUGGGUGUACGAGAAUACAUCUUUGACAACAUUGUGCUCUCAAUGAAUCGAUACGAACAGCGCCGAUGAUGGACACACACAAAUGCCAGGGAGCUAGAGCCACCACAUCUACUAGUGCCAAAUACUACUUAGUUAUACCACAAAAUGUGUCCCAGUCCUGAUAUUGUCAGUAUAUCAACUGCGGACAUGCGUACUGAUUAAUAAAUAUUUUAUUUAUAGUUUCAAUUUGAACAGUUUC